AUGGUACAAAUAAACAAAGAAAUUAUUAAGUCAGUUCAAUCAUCUUAUCUUGUGUACAAACAAGAUCUACACUUUAAAAAAGUAGCAGCUGAACGUCUUGAAAAAGAAAAUAAAGAAAAUUUAAAAGAAGCUGAAAUUUGUAAAGAAAUACUAAAUGAAGAAGAUGAAUUAUUAUUGAAACAAAAAACUUUACAACGUGAACUUAAUGAUGCCACCUCAAUAAUUGCUGAUGCUAGUGAACGUUUACAACUUGCUUUAAAGAAAAAAGAUAGCAUUGAGAUAGAUAGAUCAACUAUCUUAAUCCAUGGUGGUAAUACAAAAAGCAAAGAGAUUAAUGAGCAGUUAUCAAAAGUAACAGAAGAACUAAUUAAAAUUCAGAAAAAACAAAAAAAUAAAUUUUCUCAACAACAACAAAAACGACAAAAAACCUUAACCGAUGCAUCUAUCAUUUUAAAUUAA